UUCUCUGCCUCCCCGUCCUCCCUCCCUCUCCUCCCCUGUCCUACUGCUCUUCCUGUCUCCCUCUUUCACUACCUGUCUGAUGAUCUGUGGUAGCACUUUGGUAUCCUUCUCAGGCAGGAGCUUUGCUUUCUGCACUUCAGCUUGAACCUCUAGAGAGGUGAAAAUAGCGGCCAAGGUCAUCUUCGACACCCAGGACGCCAUUGUCCCCAUGGCUCCCAUUUUCUUCGCUGAGUCACCACCAGAGAAUGUUUUCUGCACAGUGUUUUGCUCCUUCUCCUUCUAAGCAGUUUCUCCUUCCUUCGGCUGUUGUCUUCCCGCCCACUCUGUUGGUUUGCUUGGGACGCCAUGAAAAAUAUCACAUGAAGAGUGACUUAGACAACAGAAGUUGAUUUUCUCAUCAUGCUGGAAGUUGGAAGUCCAAGAUCAAGGUAUUAGCAAGCAUGCUUUAGAAGCUUCCGGUCCAACAAGAAUAAAAGACCUGGAGUGGACCUGACCCAGGUUGCAUCCUGAACUGAGCCCAGCUGAACUCCUUCUGCCCUGCAGAUGAGGAAGAUGGUGCUUGCUCUUGGCAUCUCUGAGCUUUGCAGUGGUUUGUUAUGCAAGAUCGGUCACACAACAGCUGACGAAUGCAAUCCUGAGUGUCUACUGACUUUAUCCCAUAUUCUGGAACCAAUGCAUUAGCUCACGUGCCUUUCAUAAGGCCUCUGGUGCACUUAUUUCCUCAUUUGAUAGAUGAAGAAAUUGAAACUCAAGAGUGGAAUGCCUAGAAUCACAUGGCCAGGCAGUAGCAGAGCCAGGAUCUGAACCCAGGCUGAUAUGAUGCCUGUAUUGUGUGCACUGUGUUAGAUUUCCAUUGCCAUGGCAAAAUACAUGAGGCAGAUCAACUGAGAAGAGGAAGGAUGGAUUUUGGCUUAAGACUUCCAAAUUUUCAGUCUAUGGUCCCUUGGCUGGUAGCUUUGGAGCGUGGAGGGAAAGCACACAGCAGAAGCUUGUGCCAGAGUACUUCACAGUGCUUAGAAAGCAACAAGGAAGAGGAGUAAAAGGUCAGGAUCCCAGUGUGUUCCUCAGGGACACCCUUCCCAGUGAUUUUCUUCCUCCAACCAGAUGUUACCUCCUGAGGUGUCCCCUGCCUCCCAGUGGCACCAUGUGCUGAGGACCAAGCCUUGAACACUUGGGCCUGUUGAGGACCGCCCAGAUCCAAGCCGUAAAUGCACUGAUGCUGGAAAGCGGUUUGGAUUUCGGGAUGAUUGCGGCUGUCACGUGUCGAUGCUGUGCAGAGCCUUGCGCGUGGUGGCUGCAGAUGGUUUCCGGUUCCACCAGGCGGCGCAGGCUGCAGUGAGAAAGAUUCUCUGGGUGACUGCACGAUUCUUCAGGCCAGGAGUAUUGGUGAUGGAAGACCUGUGCUGACAGUUUAGAGCAGCGGGAUAGCGGUCUACAGCCUAACUCCUGCAGGCAGCUGCAGAACUGUAGCUGAAUGAUAAAGAUCACUGUUUAAUCCCUACAAGAACACCGCAUGGCCUUCUCACCUCCUAUGCUCAGGACCAAAGUACGAGGCAUGCGUGGAAGACCCAGUUCACAAAACUCCAUCAUAGAGAUGAGGCAGGAAGAGCAGACUGUUGGAUGUGCUCAGAUCCUAGUUAAUGUGGGUAAUUUCUUCACAUUAGAGUCUGUCUUUGUAGCACCACGGAAAGGAAUCUACAGUUUCAGUUUUCAUGUAAUUAAAGUCUACCAGAGCCAAACAAUCCAGGUUAACUUGAUGCUAAAUGGAAAACCAGUGAUAUCUGCAUUUGCCGGGGACAAAGAUGUUACACGUGAAGCUGCUACCAAUGGGGUCCUGCUUUACCUGGACAAAGAGGAUAAGGUUUACCUAAAACUUGAGAAAGGUGAGGGGCAGCCGACCCCCGAGUUACUGGAAGAUCAGUCAUAUUUUCAUCAUUGGAUUGAUGUCUCUUAUUCGUUUCUCAUGGGCGAAUGUGGAUUCUCUUUAAGGAUUCUAGACCUGUCUGAACCCACACAAAGUUUCACCGAUCAUUUUCGCGUGUAUGCAUUUCGGUAUAUUUGGAUUGGGACUCACAGCAGAUAAUACCUAUCUGUGCUUAAACCUAACAGUCAAAAGUGGUCUCCAGGUGUGUUCUGACUUUAAUUUCUUGGGAUUACUGAAUUCAUUGCAGAUGUGGGAUUUUAUUUAUUUAUCUUCCGAAAGACUGGCAGCCGGGUCUGAGAAUCAGAAAACUAAAGUUCUGACUUCAGUCAGUGUGUGAUACUGCCAAAGAACCGUGUGCUGUGUCGAUAUAUUGGCUACGCUUGUUUUUAUUGCUUUGGAAUUCGUUUGUUUUGUUCUCUUCAGGCAACUGGGAAUUACUUCUCAGUGGCUGGCACUGUGUAUUCGCUAGAAAUAAGGUAAUGAAUGGCUUGUCUGAAAAUUUACCUUGACUAUGAGGUUGCCAACAUGAUUUCCCUAAAAUAAGAAAGAGAAAGAAGAAUACUCCAUAGUUGUAUUUUAAUUAUCUAUGUGAAAGAGUCAUAUUUUCCAAAUUAUAUUUUCUAAUAGGAUGAGUAGAUCAUACAUCUGACAAGGAAAAAGUUGCUUACUUGAAUUCUAAGUGUUCGAUCCCCAAACCUUGACAAAACAUCUCUCCCCUGUGGAAAAUCUUGUAGUUUAUUGCUCAUCUUUAAUUAACAUGAUUGAUAAUGACCGCUUUAUUAAAAGCCUAAGAGAUUUUUUUCCCCCUUAGACAUGACUAGUUUAUUAACUGGAAAUGGGAUACCCUUGAUUUUAAUUAUACCUAUUUUUCAAGCCUUCUGUUGUGUUUGGAGCAUCAUCUGGUUUUGCCUUAACUCCUCCAAUUGUAUAUAUUUAUCUGUUCAACUAAUAUUAAAUCCAGAUAUCCCAUACCUAAAUUUAGUGCAAUAUCUUAUUUUGUCUUUUGUAUAGGUCAUACAAAUUCAUAAAGUUAUUUAUGUCUCUGUUAUAGAAUAAAGAUUAAUAUAUGUUAGUUGAAUUGUUUUGUCUUUUCAGUUUU